AUGCGUAUGGGUUUUCGACCUCUUGUUAAUUUAACAGCACCACUUGGUGCUAAUAUUAAUUCAAUAUUUUCAACAACAACACGUUCAUUUAUUAAUCCAUUUCUUAAUCAAUCAUCCUAUACAAUUGACAGUAGUCAUUCCCAACAACAACUUAAAGAUGAUAAUGAUGAUGAUGAUGAUCCUGAUCUUAAAGUUGAGUUAGAAAAUAAACAAUUAUGGGAUGCUUUUCAUGCACACGGAACUGAAAUGGUUAUUACAAAAAGUGGACGACGAAUAUUUCCAGCUUUUAAAGUUAAAGUAACUGGUUUGAAUCCACAAGCUAAAUAUGUCUUUUUAAUGGAUAUUCAAGCAGCUGAUUCUCAUAGAUAUAAAUUUCAUAAUUCUAAAUGGAUGAUUGCUGGUAAUGCAGAUCCGGAAAUGUCAAAACGUCUUUAUGUUCAUCCAGAUUCACCAGCAACAGGUGAACAAUGGAUGUCGAAAUCUGUUUCAUUUCAUAAACUUAAAUUAACAAAUAAUAUCUCCGAUAAAAAUUCUUAUACAAUACUCAAUUCAAUGCAUAAAUAUCAACCAAGAUUACAUAUUGUUAAAACGAAUGAUUUAAUUAAAAUUCCAUGGUCACCAAUAAAAACCUUUAUAUUUAAAGAAACACAAUUUAUUGCUGUUACAGCUUAUCAGAAUGAAAAAAUUACCCAAUUGAAAAUAGACAAUAACCCGUUUGCUAAAGGUUUUCGAGACAAUGGAGCGGCAAGCAAGCGAGAUAAAAGACGUCUCAAUUUUGAUCUAUCGACGAAUACAAACUCAACAUCAAGAAUUUUAUUUGAAAAACCACAAAUUCCUUUAAUACCUACAUAUCAUUCAAUUGAAAAUUCUUCUGAAAAAAAUGAUUAUAUUGAUAUUGAAUCACAUAAUCAUUAUGAGAAUGAUUCUAUUAAUAUAAAACGUACACCAAGUUUAUCAUCAACAACAUCAAUUAGUACAUGUUCACCAACAACGAAUCAUCAUCGUUCAAUACCUAUCAUAUCACCAAUAUAUUCUCAUGAUCAUCAAUCAAUGAAAAGAUCUCGUUCACCAUCAACAACAGAUGAAGAUACAAAUAAACGAGCUUGUUUAACAAAUCAUACUCGUCCAAUUGUAAAAAAUGAUUUAAGAAAUAUUGAAUCAUUAAUUGAACGUGUACCUGAAAAACCAACUAUUAAUGAACCAAUACCAACACCAACAACAAUUGAUCCAAAUUAUCUUUAUUUAUUUUAUAUGGCACAAUUUCAUAAUCAUCAAAAAUCACAAUUAUUACAUCCAAAUCCAUUACAACGAUAUUUAUUAUAUAAUCAACAACAUUUACAAAAUUAUUAUCACUAUCCAUCAAUAGCAAACACAAAAUAA